AUGCAGUGUUUAUCGACAGGGUAACAACUCCAAUUAGAUCAACUUCCAAUUAGACUGGACAUGUAACACAAACAUCAUCAUAUUAAGACAGAUCAGAGAGAGAAUUGUAAGGAACAGUUCGCUCUCUCUUGGGUCGUAUUUUGAUGUGAUUUUCCAUACUUUCCAAUUCGCCGCGAAAAAUUUUCUUCUUCGGAAUCGUUCGAUCAGGUUUUGGGGAAAAUAAAAUCAACACUUUUUUCCUUCGUUUCGUUGAAUGCCUGAAUCUCACGCAAAUCUGUUCAAGUAGACUCGGUCUUGGGGAAAGUCGCGUUCUUUAUACGUUUCUUUCAAGUUAGCCCCGGAAAGGUUUUUGAUUCGUUGGCCCUUUUCUUCCCGGGUCGGGGUUAAUCCCAUCGACGACGAGAAGAGUAUAUAUGCAUCUAAUUACUCAUGAAAGCGUAUGAAUUGGCGGAUCUGGUGCUGGGAUUAGAAUAGGGUUAUCGAGAUUAUAGUGUCUAAUUCCGUGGAGAUGAGUGGAAGUGGGGAUUCCUCCGGCGAUUCCCGGGCCGUUGGAGAUGUUAUCUGCAACGCUGGAGCCGGAGCAGCCGCCGGUGCAAUAGCUGCGACCUUUGUAUGCCCAUUGGAUGUGAUUAAGACAAGGUUACAGGUUCUUGGUCUUCCUGAAACUCCAACAGGUCAAAGAGGUGGUGUGAUUAUAACAAGCCUACAGAAUAUAAUAAGGAACGAAGGUUUUAGGGGACUGUAUCGAGGGCUCUCACCAACCAUAAUAGCUCUCCUUCCAAAUUGGGCUGUAUACUUUACGGUUUACGGGAAGCUAAAGGAUCUACUUCAGUCAAGCGACGGGAAACUUGGUGUUGGGGCUAACAUGAUAGCUGCUGCUGGUGCUGGGGCUUCCACAGCUAUUGCCACUAAUCCAUUUUGGGUCGUCAAGACGAGAUUAAUGACACAAGGAAUGAGGCCGGAUGUUGUUCCUUACAAAAGUGUACUGUCUGCAUUUAGUAGGAUUUGUCAUGAAGAAGGGUUGCGAGGGUUUUAUAGUGGCAUUUUACCUUCGCUAGCGGGGGUAAGUCAUGUUGCUAUCCAAUUCCCUGCAUACGAAAUGAUCAAGCAAUACAUGGCGACAAUAGGUAACACAACUGUAGACAAGCUGAGUCCUUCGGAUGUUGCAAUUUCCUCCUCGAUCUCUAAAGUAAUCGCCUCUGUAAUGACUUACCCGCAUGAGGUUGUGCGAUCCAAGCUUCAAGAACAAGGACAAGUAAGAAAUGUCACCGUUCAGUAUUCUGGACUCGUAGACUGCAUCAAGAAAGUUUUCCGAAAAGAAGGGAUUCCCGGGUUUUACCGUGGCUGCGCUACUAACCUACUGAGGACAACUCCCUCGGCCGUUAUUACAUUCACGAGCUACGAGAUGAUUCAUCGGUUUCUUCUGCAAGUGGUGCCUCCAGACAAGGAUAACAGAAGAACAGAAACCAAGAGUCUAGGAAGCCGGGAAGAAGAACAGAAAGAUUUGGGUUCGAGAGAACCACAGACUCAAUCUAAGAAGAUUAACACUUCUCCCCCUAUCCCCCUCGGAAACAAAUAGGCCAUUGUUAAAUCAUUGCUUUUUUGAGCGCCGCCAUAGGUUUUUCUUAUUGUUUACCAUAAUGUUAUAGCAAACAAUUUUCUUCUGCUAUGUUUUUUUUUUUUUUCUGGUGAAGGAUAAAUUUUAUAUGUAGGGGAACUAAUUUACAAUGUCAGGACCAACGUCCUGUGUCUCA